GUGUCGCGGAAAAAUAACCUCUAAUGGAAAAAAUUAAACCCGUACAAAAUAAUAUAUCAAAAUGUAUCAAAACUAUCUGUCCAUCAGCGGAGCAACUUAGCAUAAUAACGAAUAAUAUAAAAUGCGAAAAAUGUGGGCUCGUAUUUAAAAAUGAACCGCGAUAUCGGUUACAUGACCUUAAAGUACAUCAGCGUAAAAAUUUAGAUAAAGCGAUAAAAGAAAAUGUACAAUAUCAUUGUCCGGUAGAAUCGUGUAUUUAUGCUCCAAAAGCAGAAAGACAUUUUAGUACUAUGAAAUAUCUUAAACAGCAUUACCUUAAAGUACAUGCAAAAAAAACAUAUGCAUGUACUCGUUGUGACAAAAGUUUUUCUACUGAAGCAGCAAAGGAAGGACAUAUGAGAAUAUGUGGAAUUGAGUUCAUAUGUUCUUGUUUAAAAACUUACACUUCUUAUGAAGCCUUGCUUACACAUGCAAAACGAUCAUUACAUACUAUAGAUGAUAAAUAUAAAAAUUUUUUAAGACGCACAAAUUCUAAAGCAAUGAGAUUGAUUUUACCAACUAGUCAAACAGAAAUAAAUAAACUAAUUACAAUACUACCAACAAAUCAAAAUGAAAAUAGAAUAUCAGAUAAUAAUGGUUCCAUACAGAAAUUAACAUUAGAUAUUGGUAUACAAACUGAUGAAUAUAAAAAGAAUAAAAGAAUAUCAAGUCCAUUAAAACAUAUUAACAAUAGUUAUUAUCAUAAUGGAAAACGUGGAAUAUCUAAACAAACGCAGACAAGUAUUUUCCAAAAAGUUAAACAAAAUUUAAUAUCCAUGGAAACACAAACUACACAAGCUUCACAAGCAUUUAAGAAUGCAUUGAAACUUCAAAAACAUGGAAGAAAUUCUGUAUCUCAAAAUUCUGAUUAUACACUGUUAAAGGAAGACCUUAAUCUUGGCAAUUUUACAACUGCAAAUUUAUUUCCUGGUAGUCCAUUACCACUUCGUCAUGAUGAUGGAUUACAAGAUUUUUGGGAAGAAAAGAGUACAUCAGGUACUCAAACAAUACCUGAAAAAGACAUGUUUGAAGUUCUAAAUGAUAAUGUUACUCAAACAGAAUUUGAAACAUUUUAUGAACAUACAAAUCCAUUAAUGCAGUGUACUCCAAAGAGUACAGUUGCUUUAAUGACUUUACCUUAUGUUGAAGAAACAUCGAAUGUUGAAGGAUAUUCCUUUGUAUCUUCAGAUAGUAUAUCACGAUCAGAUCCAAUGCUUACAGACAAAACUUUUGAUGACAAAUUUAGCAGUAUAGAAACUCAAACAGAACAAGCUUAUUCAUUUUUUGAUUCAGAUCCUUUAACUAGAUCAUUUGCUUUAAGUUCUAUUGAAACACAAACUACAAAUAAUAUUGAUAACAUGGAACAGUUAUUAUACAAUAAUACAUGCACGCAAACUUGCGAUGAAAUAUUACCAACUGAUCUAGGAUUAUCUAAUAUUCAAACACAAACACCUUGGACUCAACUUGAAGAUACUACUGUUUCUGCUGAAACACAAACAAAAUCUUUGAUAUGUGAAACAGGUUGCAAUAUUUCAAUAGGUGCAUGUCGUUCAUGGUUGAGUACUCAAACUAGUCAUACUGAAACACAAACUGAUUUACUUAGUAUUUUUGAAAGUCUUCAAUAAUAAAGUAUUUAAUUUUUGUGCAGAUGGUGAUAUAACAAUUGAUAUUUAAGUAAUUUGCAUUUGGUAUUGUAAAAUAAGACUAAUUUUUCGUAUUGUUAUUUAGUACUUUGGUAUUUUUUAUAUUUUAUUACAAACUAAUUAUAUGUAUUUAAGUUCCUGUAUAUGUGCAAUUUGUUAAUGAAAUAUUACGUGCAUUGAUUGAGAACUGCAUUUUCUUAAAAAGAAUAUUUUAAAUUUACUGUAUUAUACAGUAUCCACACUGCCAUAAUUUUAAAAUAUGUAUUGUUUAUACAUAUGUUUCCAGAAUAAAAUCAUACACAUUGCAGGCAAUGUAGUUACAUGUAACUUAUUAAAAUAUUAAUUUAAGAUCCUCAUAAUGGAAAAAAUAUUAUUAAUUUUCAAUUUAAAUUUUAAGGGGGCAAAUAAGCCUUGA